UCCUCCUGCUUUUAACCGUGACGGGAAUCAAUCAGAUGAGAUGCGAUCACGUUAUGAUGCCACUCUAAUGAAACAAGGUCCUCCAGCGCUUUACCGACUGAACACAAAAAGAAAUCAGACUGAUGGAAAUGAGACAAAGGUCAAACAGUGGACAUAUGGACAAAAGAACAGAAACAAGCAGAACAAAGUCAUACUGAUGGUGGGAGAAACCGGCGCUGGGAAAACAACCAUGAUCAAUACUAUGAUCAACUACAUACUGGGAGUGAAGUUUGAUGAUCAAGAGUUUUAUCAAAUCACAGAAGAAACUGAUGAUGCAGAUCAAUCACAAUCCCAGACACAUCAGAUGACUGUUUAUGAAGUGUUUGUUAAAGAAAACCCAACAUCUCUGACCAUCAUUGACACUCCAGGAUACGGAAACACUGAAGGAUACGAGAAAGACCGAGAGAUUUCUGAGUAUCUGAUGAGAUUAUUUUCAGAUGAGGAUGGGAUUCAUUAUAUUGAUGCAGUGUGUUUUGUGAUGAAGACGUCUCAGAAUCGACUCUCUGAAAAAGAGUUUUACAUCUUUCACUCAGUUCUGUCUAUACUUGGUAAAGAUAUAGAGAACAGCAUAAUGUUUCUCAUGUCACAGUCAGAUGGAUUACCUCCAACAGAUGCUCUUAAUGCCAUUAAAACAGCAGAAAUACCCUGCAGAAAGAAUAUGAAAGAACCCGUUCACUUAUUGUUCAACAACCGACAGAAAGACAAAAGAGAUGAAGAGUAUGAGCUAAAGUACAGGUCAACCUGGGAAAUGGGCGAGAGAAGCAUGAAUCAGUUCUUCACACUCCUGGAGGAAAACAACAGAAAAAGUGUUCAGAUGACAUUAGAUGUUCUGAAAGAGAGAAGACAACUUGAGGCCUGUGUCAACAGUCUGGUGGAACGAAUCUCUGAUAAAGAGUCAAAAACUGAAGAACUGAAUCAGAUUCAAGAAGCCCUCAGACAGAACAGAGACAAGAUUCAGAACUGUAAGAAUGUUCAGUUUACAGUAACAAAAACAGUCAAAGAAAAAGUCCUCAUUGAAAAUAAAUCAUGGAGGAACAGAAACGCAACCUGCUGCUCCGUCUGUCAGGAGAACUGUCAUGUGAAGGGCUGCUGGUGGGUGAAUGAUCUCUCGUGGUGUUCAGUCAUGGAAAACAACUACUGCACUGUGUGUACAAGGAAGUGUCAUUACAGCAAACAUGUCCAAGAGAACAAAAUAUAUGAGAUGAGAAAAAAACCAGUCUAUAUGACAUUUGAUGAGCUCAAACAGGAGUAUGAACGCACUGGUGACCAUCCUGAAACCAGCUUUGACAAAAAAGUAUAUGAAAAUACUAAAAAAGAACUUGAAAGUAUCAUGAAAGAGUCUGAGAUGAAAACGAAAACAGAAGAAAAACUAAAGAGGGAUCUGGAGAAGAUUCAAAAGGAAAAGUCCAACCUGCUGCAUGAAGCUUAUAUGAGCAUCCUGAUUCUGUCUAAGAUCGCAUUAAAAUCAGACACCACUUUCACUCUUCAACAUAUGGAUUUCUUGAUUCCCAGACUGGAGGAGGAGGGAAAAGAUGAAUGGAUGAAGAACCUGGAGGAUAUGAGGAAAGCUGGAGAAGAACAGAGAAACGAGUUCAGUUCAAACCAGUUCAAUGCAAACUCCACCCCACAGCCUAUUACAUUGAUCAACUCAACCACACAUUAACCUCUCAAGAAAACUCCAUGGAUACAGUUACAAUCAUACAGGGAAAGUUUGUAAAAGGCCUAUUGUGAUUCUGUAGCCACA